AUGUCGGGUGCACUGCGCAAGCUGUUGGUCCUCGCCUUUGCGGCGCUGCUUCUUGCGAGCAUCGUCGUGGCGGAUGCGGUGCCAGUGGAGGACACCGAUGCGAUUUACCUCAACGGCGAGGAGGCGGAUGACAUGUAUGCAGAUUCGGAGGCCGGCACGGGCCGCGCGCCUUACGUUAGUCGCGCCUUGUUCCUUAACGCGUCGUCGCAAUCCUUCCCCUCCUUCUCGGUAGGGUCGAAGGUGAAGGUGAUGAUUGCCUUUCAAAACAACGAUAAAGAAGCCUCGCAGGUGGUGUUCCUCGUCGUUGGCCUCCUGCAGCCUCCGCAGCAGUACCACACGACUAUUCAGAACUUUUCCGUGGUCCGCCAGGCGCGCAAGGUGAGGAAGUCGGAGACGGUCAGCAUGCAGUACACCUUCACCCCGGACGUCCGUCUCGAAAGUGGCGAAUACAAUAUGGUGCUCGGCCUCUACGUACAGGACUCGGCAACGAACCGGACGUACUUCAUCACGGCCUUCAACUCUACCGUCAGGCUUGAGGACCCCCUCGGCACGGACCCUCGCACGGUCCUCACGUACUUCACCUUGCUCGCCAUCUUUGGCGGUAUCGCGUACGUGGUGGCUAACAAGUUAGGCGUAGUGAAGUUGAUCAAGGCGAUGAUGCACUCGAAGGGCAGCAGCUACGGUAGCGGCAGCGGCGCAAAGCACGUGGAGGUGGGCACCGGAGGCCCCGGCUACGAUCCGGCAUACAUCAACGCUGACCACCAGCGCUACCGUGAUGAGGUGCUUCAUAGGAAGUCGUCCACUCCGCACUCUCGUCGCGCGUCUGCGUCGCCAAAGAAGAAGAAAUGA